ACAAAAGGCUCACCUUUCACAACAAUACUGGCCCACAUCUUUCAAGAUGCACAUGAAGGAAGAAAUGUAAUAAUUUCAUGGCACUACAGACUUCAUUUGACUCCUGGGCAGAAGAAUGCCAAAGAGAAUGUGGAAGAAAAAACAAAGAGAAGGAGCAGUGUACUGGUGUGAGAACAACACAUUCCAGACACUUCAUUAAUGGUCUGCCAUGCUUAAUGGUUAUCUCCAUGGUAACAACCACUUCAGGACUUUUGCCAUCUGUUCUUUAUCCAGUGUCUUUGCCAUCAUCAAUAACAAUCAUGGGAGAGAGGUACCAGCCUGCUGCAAUAACAUACUACCUCACAAACAAAAUUUAUUUAAUUUGUUUUCAUCGUCUUCAUGAAGACAAUCAGUGGUGUCUUUAUGAUGGUGCUGAAGAACUUAGUAGACCAGGCCAUGGAGAAGUUAAAGCGACAGCUUCGGUUGUGCAACAAAUCUUCUCUAGUACCUGCCAGUUAGGCCAUCUUUUGUGCAUUCGAGCUGAUGUAGAUAGUCCACAGACAAGAGACACAGAUGAGCCAUACAAGGCUGAUGUAGAUGGUCCACAGACAAGAGACACAGAUGAGCCAUACAAGAAACAUAGCAUAUAUCAACAGAUUUUGAAGGCAGAGAGGUGGUGCAAUGAAAACAAACACCAUUUCAAGGGAGAGGUUGCACCACCACCACUGCUAUACAUGACCAGAGAUGAGGCAGAAGAGGCCCUUCACAAAUUUCACACUUUGCAAGAGAUUGUCAAUGAAGAUGACGGAGCUGACAUCCUCGUGAAUUUUUCAUUUGUUUUCAAAGAAAUUGAGGAUAUGCAUUUUUUUAUGCAAAAUGUUAGAGACAAAAUGAAGCUUAGAGUUUGCUGUGAAAAGAUUUAGAUUCAUGCACCCAGGUCAACAUGGAACAUGAAAAAUCAUGUUAGACUAAUUUAUUUUAUAAUAUAUCUAAUAUUUUUUAAAGACUU